AUGAGUUCUACUCUGCUUCCUAAACAUGUGGCAGCUGUUUUGAAGCACCAAAAGGAUCCUUUGAAAGCCCUUGAAAUGUUCAACAAAGUAAAAAAAGAAGAUGGGUUCAAGCACACUUUUUUAACUUACAAGUGCAUUAUCCAACAACUUGGGUUUCACGGGAAGUUUGAGGCCAUGGAGGAUGUGCUUGUGGAGAUGAGGAUGAAUAUCGAUAACAGUAUGCUCGAAGGAGUGUAUAUUGGAGCUAUGAAAAGUUAUGGAAGGAAAGGGAAGGUUCAAGAGGCUGUUGAUGUGUUUGAAAGAAUGGAUUUUUAUAAUUGUGAGCAGACUGUUUUAUCUUAUAAUACAAUCAUGAAUAUACUGGUGGAAUUUGGGUAUUUCAAGCAAGCUCAUAAGGUGUAUUUGAGAAUGAAGUAUACGGGGAUUGUUCCUGAUGUUUAUUCAUUUACUAUUAGGAUCAAGUCGUUUUGUAGGACCAAACGUCCUCAUGCUGCUUUAAGGCUUCUUAAUAACAUGGCUUCUCAAGGGUGUCAGCUUAAUGCAGUUGCCCAUUGUACUGUUGUUGCUGGGUUUUAUGAAGAAAAUUACCGAUUUGAGGCAAAGGGUGUGCUUAAUGGGGCUAAGAGUUUGUUGGAUAGUGUGAUUAGAGAAGGCCUAACUCCUGAUGUUGUCUCGUAUAACACAUUAAUUUGUGGAUUGUGUAAAAACUCUGAUGUUGUAGAAGCUGAGAAGUAUCUUCACAAACUGGUGAAUGAUGGUUUAGAGCCUGAUGGGUUCACUUACAACACUAUAAUUGAUGGAUAUUGCAAAAUGGGUAUGAUACAAAAUGCUGAGAAGAUUCUUCAAGGUGCAAUUUUCAAGGGGUUUGUGCCUGAUGAGUUCACAUAUUGCUCCCUAAUUAAUGGGUUAUGCCAGAAUGAUGAAAUAGACCGUGCCUUGGCUCUUUUUAACGUGGCAUUGACAAAAGGAUUGAAGCCUACUGUCAUCCUAUACAACAUGUUAAUUAAAGGGUUGUGUCAGCAAGGACUUAUUUUGCAAGCUUUGCAGAUGAUGAACGAGAUGUCAGAAAAUGGUUACGGUCCUGAUAUAUGGACUUACAAUUUAGUUAUUAAUGGAUUGUGCAAGAUGGGUUGUGUCUCUGAUGCCAAUAACCUAAUGAAUGAUGCUAUCGCCAAAGGAUAUAUUCCUGAUGUUUUUACGUUCAAUACAUUGAUUGAUGGCUACUGUAAACAGUCAAAAAUGGAAACAACAAUUCAGAUUCUAAAUAAAAUGUGGAGCCAUGGUGUUACUCCUGACGUGAUUACAUAUAACUCUGUGUUGAAUGGCCUCUGCAAGGCUGCAAAGACUGAAGAUUUGAUGGAAGCUUUCAAAAUGAUGGUGGAGAAAGGGUGUGUCCCUAACAAAAUCACAUAUAAUAUACUCACCGAGAGCCUCUGUAAAGGUGGGAAAGUAAAUGAGGCUUUGGACUUGGUUGAUGAAAUAGUAAACAAAGGCAUCACACCAGAUACUGUUAGUUUUGCUACAGUCAUCAGCGGGUUUCACAAUCGUGGGGAUUUGAAAGGAGCUUACCAGCUUUUUAGAAGAAUGGAAGAACAAUAUAAGGUCUCCCAUACAACAGCAACGUACAACGUAAUGAUCAGUGCUUUUGCUGAGAAGCUAGAUCUUCAAAUGGCAGAAAAGCUUUUUCUCGAGAUGGGUGCUGCAGGCUGUGCCCCAGACACAUACACUUAUCGUGUUAUGAUUGAUGGCUUCUGCAUAAUGGGAAACACUGAUUUUGGAUACAAUUAUCUACUGGAAAUGAUUGAGAAAGGGUUCAUUCCAUCGCUGACCACGUUUGGGCGAGUAAUAAACUGCCUUUGCGUGCAGCACAGAAUUCAUGAGGCAGUUGAUAUUAUCCAUCUUAUGGUGCGCAAUGGUAUUGUCCCUGAGGUUGUGAAUACCAUAUCAGAGGCUGAUAAGAAGGUUGUUGCAGCACCUAAAAUAGUUGUGGAAGACUUGUUGAAGAGAAGCUGCAUAACUUACUAUGCCUACGAACUUUUCCACCUAGGGUUGAGCACAGGAUGGUACCGGUGGAAGACAGUGAAAGGGAUUGGGCAUGACCCUAAUGAUGGAGGCGCCAAGGGCAUGCGUAGAGGCCGUGGCAGAAGUGAUUCAGUUGCUGUAUCUGAAGUAAAAACAUCUUUGUACAAAACCACCACUAUCUUUUCUGUCCUCACGACUGAUUGGAACUAUGGUCUUGUUGCUCCUCAGAUGCAUCCCAUUCUUAAUUCGAACCAUAGCAUGCUCACCAUUUUGCGUUUCUGUGACAGGGGCAAGGUGAGGCCGGGGCUAAUGUGGGUGAUGGUAUCAGCUGCUUAG